ACGGGCUAUACGCUUGGUGAAGGAAGAAACUCCGAUUUCCACUGUUUCCACCACAACAGCUUUCAAAUUCAACACUGUUUGUCCAAAUCAAUUGGAUUUAAUCUACAUGCGAGCCUUGGAUGCCCUGAGUCCUUUUGGUACAAAAGGGCAAAAGGGCAAAGUCUUUCAUGAAUGUGCGAUAUGGUUGAAAACCGAUGCAAGAACCUGCCAAGACUUCAGUAAUCUUUCCAUCAGUGCAAACAGUUGUGUCCUUCAAGCUUGUUACACUCAGCUCAAACUCUGGCUCGCCGCCGCAGAAGGCUGGGGGAAGAUGGAUAGUGGGACCGAAGAGGAUGACGAGGAGCUGCGUAACUUGGUCCGCUCAGUUCAGGAUGAAGAAGAAACCGGCCGUGCUCUUAGACUGGCUGGUUCGGAGGAACGCAAGGCGGUUAAAGGCCGAUCUCUCCUGGCGGAGGCUGUUCGGGAACAGUUUGCAGACAAGGCCGUCCAAGACCUCAAAUCCUCAGUUGGCGACGGAGACGAAGAAGCCAAAACUCCCCGCAGUUCAAGAAAAGUCAAACGAUCAGCCUCCUCUCAUGCAAACACAAGCAACGAUGAACUCACUGCCUUCACUGGAAAACUUGGUAGGUGGAAUGAGGUGUCUGUAGCUGCUCAGGCUGAACAGAACUCGCGCAUCAACCAACUGUAUGAGCGCGAACUGGGGAUUGCUCACGAACGAAAUGAAAACAAGCGUUUGAUGGCUCAAUCACUAGCAGCUCAUCGGAAAGCCAAACUCGCAUUACAAGAACAACAACUGGAGUUUGAUAAAUCUCAACUUAACUCGUCAAAUUCUUCUUUAGACACUCUCCAGUCCAAAAUCAGCGCAAUUGAGCUGAACACAUCCACGCAAAAAUUUGAUGCACUUGAAGCAAAAAUGAGUUCAAUGAACGAUGUCCUUGCUGCGAUGAUGAAACACCUUGUAGGAAAUCCAUCCACCGCGAGCACUGCAUAGAGCUCCUCAUCUGUUACCCUUCUUUCUUUUUCACCAAUACCUUUGUCAUCCCUAUUUUUCUAUCGGAUAAAUGAACGAAAUUCCAAUUUCUUUGUUAAGGCUCU